AUGGCAGCUUCGCUUGCCGAAUAUGUUAAGGUGCGCAGUAAGAAGACUGGGACGAUUGAAGUUCGCCGCGCAAACGAGCUUUCCAGACAUUCCAAGACACCAGCCCGGGAACAUGUCCUCCACUAUAUCGGCGUCGAGCGUUUACAGGUAUGCCGAUGCACAACACCGAGCGAGCAUUUCGAGAAGACAAUUCAGGUAGCUGCAGAAUCAACGCAUCUCAAUGCUGGAUUGAUGAUGUACCUCACCCGUCAUGGCCUCGAAACAUGUAGCAUCACUGCAUUCCGAAAUUAUUCGGAGAACCGCGAGGCGAUGUGGCGUGAACAAGGUGUAAAUAUUGACACAUUUCACUACAUGAGUCAUUCCAAGAAUCAAGUCUGUCGCUGCUUGAGACCGAAUAAGCAUAAUGGGGGUGCGCCUCGUAAUCCCGAGAUUAUCGAGCAAUGCGCCGAAUUUUUCAUCUUGCACCAGGACAAAACUGUUUGUACGAGAAGCGAAUGGCGAGGUAUCGAGGGUGAUUCACCACCGGUGUACUUCCCUCCAGGGCUGUCACCUGUUUGUCCUACACCAGUCCAUUCACACAGUCUGCACAAGCCAUCAUACUCAUCUGAUCCUCAACAACCCGUUCUCAUCACGUACAACUCACAAACUACUCAGGAACUUCUGGACGACUGGACUGUGCGCAAAGUAACAACACCCGAGAUAGAGUUUCAGAGCACGGGGAACCCUCUCAUUCCCCUCUACACGCAAGAUUCUUCUAGUGGAAUAUUCCGCAAAUCUGAUAUUCCUGCAAAGGUAUGGGAGUCCGCUCGCCCGUCUGCUUGCGUUUCUCCACAUUGCUCCGAAUCAGUUGUAAGUACUCCAAUGGGCACUACGAUUUCGCAGCUUCCUAUUCUAUUGACUCCAGCAACUCGAUUCUACGAAUCUGGAUCUACCAAACAUGCGCAGCGUAAUUCGCUGACCACUUAUCGGUCAAAAUUCCAGUAUGAUGCUUCGAAUACGCUAUGCGCAAGACCUGUCCUUGUCGCAGAAAGCUCCAUCAGUCAGCCUAGUGAUCACACAGUCAAGUCCGAAUGUGAACACAUAAAGUGGGAAGGUAUGGGCUUAAGAGACGAUUCAGCUGGUUUGUGUAUAUCAUACUCUCAGGAUGAUAAGCUGGAGAGUCAUCUGCAAGAGUCUGGUCCCAUCUACCCUGACUCAAACCAGUGUGCCACCUCGAUAGCGGAACUGCCAGAUCAGAUCGCUGUUGUUAAGCUUGAUGCUGACUUUCAUCAUCACUAUCCGCCUUAUAGAUGCUUCAACACGCAUCUCGAAUUGCUAGGUGAGCAAUCAUCUCUCAAUGCCAGCUCGAAAUCUUCAAACAUGGCGCAUUCCACGAAAGAUUCUCCUCUGUUGUCGCCACUACCACAACAUGUUCAUAAUAUCCUUCGUCUGCCUAACCAAGAGGAGUUGCUACUACGCCACGCGGUUGUGUCCUCUGGGGCUGGUUUACCUCCAGCUGGUGACUGCACUGUAUGCGGAAAUAUGUAUGAGAACCACCAAAAGCGUAUCAUCGUGCCAUGCAAGUGCGAGCAUUCUAUCCAUGAAGACUGUCUCGUCGAAAGCUUUCGUAGCCGUGAUCAGCGAAUUGGUACAUGUCCAGUCUGUAGUCUUGGAAUUUGCGAGCGCACGCUUGCAGAUCGCAUUCAUACUGACCGCCUUGCUAUUUUCGGCUCGCAAUUUACUAGGCUGCGGAACCAAGUAGACAUCACAUUUCCACAACACAACGAGGUCGUUACAUGCAAUUCCGAAGAAGAAGUUGCCGCCGCACAGCUCCGCCUCAUUAAGGACUAUGUUGACGUUCACUCGGAGGAAAUUUUUCGAAUUUGGGAGCUCAAUCGCGCGGAGCCAGACUGGUUCAUGGGCAUCGUUCGACCUGUUGUCAAACUAUUUCAAGCCUGGGACGUUCCAAAUCGACAAAGCCGGUACUUCGUUGACAAAGAAUCUUUCCUGAAGUUACUUGCUUGGGCCGAACUUGUGCGCUUGAUGAGCAAUGGGCGCAGACCAUCGGCCAUGACCGAGGGUGAGGACGCCAUAUACCCACAGCUUUCUGAGCUACAUCGCAAGUUCGAGAUGGCUCUUACUAGAUACGACCAAGAGAAAAUCUUGUGGGGAGAGGAUGAAGGGCGUAUUCCGGACUGCGACCGUGUAGCACAAGACCUUGUAGAUCUUGCCAUGCGCAUCAAGUCCGCGUAG